AUGACAACAGAAAAUAUUUAAGGGUGAAAGAGACGUGAAUGUGCAACAUUGAGUUGAAGUGGUAAAUGAAAGCAGAAGUGGUAUCGAUGGUGAUGAAUAAUGCAGCAGCGUCAGCGUUGGUGCUGGUGGUGUUGGUGAGCUCCGCAGCGGCAGCGGCGGCGGCGAUGGCGGAGGGAUGCAGGGAGGAUCUAAUAGCGUUUUCAGGAUGUCUGGCAUACGUGUCGUAUCCGCCGAAUAACCUGACAGAAAGUCCUUCGGAGAAGUGCUGCAUGGCGUUCUCAAGGGCGGUAGAAUCGGUUUGCCUCUGCUACGUUGUCGGCGACCCUCUGAUCCUUGGCUUCCCUCUCAACACGACAAGACUCUUCUCCCUCUCUUCCCUUUGUCCGUCUCCAUUCUCAACCUCUUUUCCCUCUCUUUGCCCUUCAAAUUCUUCUGCUCUGCCUCCUCUCACCACCGCAUCGAAUCAAACUGGGGGAACUUCUGUCAGUGAGUCUUUCAUUUUCUUCUGUUGUUAACUGCUUUCAAAGACAUGAUAUAUCUAAACAAGAACCACGUCGUUAUUAUUAUUAUCUUUAACAAUAUUCAUGUAGGAGCAGGAGGAAGAGGAGGAGGA